AUGCAGUCAGCUCGUCGUCUGGCGCCUGGGGCGGAACUCGCGCUGGCAGACUGCCAGAAAAAGAUCGUUGACCCAGAAUUUAAACUAAAAGAGAAGGCCCUUGGCCUUUUGCCGCUCAAUCCCGAGUCUCCGUUUGGAAACUUCCCAAAGCAAAAAGGAUGGUCCAGUUCUACGAAUAAAAGCCAGGUUGUGGCCUACCUGAGCCAAACAGUGGCCACACCUCUUGUUCGAUUCAAUGAGCGAGAAAGGAAAUUUCUGAGGAGGGGCGGCGGAAACCGAGUCUUGUGGAAGGCGGACGUUGCCUCGCUUGACUACCAGUACUUUCUUCCGAUGUUCUUCGACGGUAUACGAGAGAAAGAAGAUCCUUACCGGUUUCUGGCUGUCCAGGGGGUAUACGACCUCCUCAAGGGUGCUACCCAGAAAAUCCUCCCUGUCAUCCCCCAGCUGGUGAUACCCAUCAAGAAGGCUUUGAAUACGCGGGACAGUGAAAUUAUCGCAACAACCCUGAAGAUUCUCCAAACUCUCGUUCUCUCCGCGCGUUGGGGAAGCACUCGUGCCCUACUACUGACAGAUCUUGCCUUGCUUCAACUUGCUAAUCAACAAAAAUCAAAAUCUGGGAGACCAAAUUUACUAUGGACAGAGAAGGAAGAGACGUUGCAUAUCUUUGAGAUAAACGGGGGCCCGGACGCCUUUAUUAAUAUCAAGUACAUGAUUCCGACAUACGAGAGUUGCGUCGUACAGUGA